GCAAGGGUUAGAUAACUCUUUCAACAAAUGAUUUUAAAGAAACGUGAUUGAAACAUGUCUGUGUCAAAUGUUACUUCUUGUGUCGCCUGCGUUUUUAAACGUGUUUUAUUCAGUGGACAGCCACUGAAGUUUUCUCGGGCAAUCAGUCGAGCAUCAGUGAGACUUAGUGACACUGAAGAGUCUGAGGAAACGAAAGCAGUGCCAGAAAAACCUCCUCGAAUUGAAGUUGAUGCACCAACUAGCAAAAGAUAUCUUGACAGCAAAGCUUAUGCGGAGGCAUAUGGUGACCAACCUAUCUGGAUACACUACAGACGAAAUUUCAAAGGCCAAUUAGCUCCGAGGACGCGGAAGACUUGUAUUAGAGCUGGUGUUAUGAGUACUGGAAAUCCAUGCCCAAUCUGUCGAGACGAGUAUCUGGUCAUUGACCAUACGAAUACGAAACUUUUGGAGCAGUUUGUGUCGCCACACACCGGGGAGGUGUUUAAUCCACACCAGACGGGUUUGUGUCAGAAACAACACAAGAAGCUGCUCGAUGAAAUAUUGAAGGCCAGACAUCAUGGCUUGAUAGAAGAUAUUGUUCCCUUUCGUGAAUACGACUACAGUGAAUAUUUGGAUUCAUCGACGAAGAAAUCAUUCAGUUGAACCAGACAGACAUUACUUAGUUGUUUUAUGUGGACACAAAAGAGAAUUAUGAAAUUGCUGCAGUUUGAUACAUACAUAUUGAAUGCCGUGUAAUGUACAUCUUUAAUAUUAAUAAACCAUACCUUUUA